AUGAAAUAUUCUUCAUUAGUUAAAUUAAAUGAUUUAUCUGAUGAAAUUCUUAUCUAUAUUUUAAAAAAAUUGGACAAUGAUCAAGUACUAUAUUCUUUAAUAGGUGUUAAUAAACGGCUCAAUACGUUAAUACAUGAUAGAAUUUUUACAAAUCAUUUAAGAUUAAUGAGAUAUAUCUCCGAUGAUUCUAUCAAUUUAUUAUCUGAUACAAUACUUGAUCGAUUUUAUUCAGAAAUUUUACCUUCGAUUCAUCAUAAUAUUCAAUGGCUUGAUGUUGAAUCAUCAUCUAUGGAAUGUAUUCUUCUUUCUAGAAAUUAUCCUAAUUUAUACAGACUUGGUUUAUAUAAUCUUGAAAUAGAAAGAACAAAACAUUUGUUUACUAAUGAAACUAUUUUAAAUGAUUUAUUUAAAAAUCAAAUUUUAUCACUUAUUAUUCAUAUUAGUAAAAACAAAAAAAAUCAAACUUCAACAAAAUAUGAUAAUAUAACAAUCAUAUUUACAAAUAUAUUUUCUAUUUUCACUAAUCUACAGGAGUUAAAAUUCGAUUCAAAUUCAAUUUAUCCUCGAUAUUUAUCAUUUGAUAUUUCACCUCGAAUUUUUAUUUCUUCAACUCUAUUAAAAUUACAUGUCAAUGUAACACAUUUCUACGAUUUGAUUUAUUUACUUGAUGGACGUUUUAAUCAACUUCAACUCCUUCAUGUUACCACUUUUUCUAUUCAGCGUUCUUCACUUCGAACAAUCAAUAAUAUGGAAAAUUUACCUAAUUUAAAAUACUUUUUAUUAUAUUGUAAAACAGAUACAGUUUAUUAUGAUGAAUUAAUUCUUCCACUUUUACAUCGAAUGUUAAAUUUAGAAAAACUUCAUUUAUGUCUUAAAAUUUGUGGUAGAAAGACUUUUAUUCAUGGAAAUAAUUUGAAAAUAAAUAUUCUAAAUCAUAUGCAAAAAUUAAAUCAAUUUACAUUUAACAUUCGGUCAACUAUUCGUCUUCAUAAUAAAAUUAGUUUAUUAUUAUCAAAUGAAGAUAUUCAAAAUACAUUCAAUGAUUUUCAAAAUAAUAAAAUUAUUUCUUGUGUUGAUUAUUUUUCCGAAAUGGAACGAGGUCAAUGUCAUAUUUAUUCAUAUCCAUAUCAAUUGAUAUAUUAUCAUCAAAUAACAAAUAAUUUUUCAGGUGGAAUUUUUAAAUAUGUUCGUGAAAUAUCAUUAUUUGAUGAACAACCUUUUGAACAUGAAUUUUUUUUUCAAAUUUCUUAA